AUAAUGGCGGAAGCAGAUGUACAAAUGUUUGAACAAAGCGAGAAAAAACAUUCAAAAAAUUGGUCAGAGGAGGAGAUGGCAAUUUUAAUUGAAAUAUGGGGAGAAAAGAUCGACGACUUACGUCAAGCGAAACGAAACAAAACUAUAUAUGAAGCAAUGGCAGCAGAAAUUCGUUUUCAGAGGCCAAUGUCCAGAGCGAGAAUGUGGUCCAAAAUAAGGACAAAAAUUAAAAAUUUAAUUGCCAAAUAUAGGUAAGUUAAAAUUGUGAAAAUACAUAAUCAUUAAAUUAAUUAUCGUUUAAUAUUUAAAUAAAGAAUUCUUUAAACAGUUAUAUUUUGAACAUUGAUACCAAAUGACGAAAAUUAUAUUAUAUUUCUUAUUACUCGUACGAUAAUUGUAAAUGAUGUAAACAUCAAAUUAAUAUUAAAAUUUAAAAGAAAAAAUUAAUCUUCCUACUUGAAACAAUGAAAUUUUCUUUUUUUAUUUUAACUAGAGAAGAAGUAACGAAGAUUGGGCAUUCGGGAGGUAGCCCAUCUACCUGGCAAUAUUUCCAGGUAGUUAAUUCAAUUAUAGGACAUCAGCCAGCCCAGAAUGUAUCAUUAAUGGAAGAAAGUUGCAGCAGUAUGAUGAUACAAUGUUUACAAUCACCUGAAUUGGAUAUAGAGAACAAUGAAAAUUCCAAUGAAAUAAUUGAAGAGGUACUGGUACCACUUGAACCUGAAAUAAGGGUGACGAGGUCGUUGAAGAGAAAGAAACGGCCAUUGGAACAGCAAAUAAAUGAAUUAAUAAGUGAAAUUAAAAGAAGUAAUGAUGUUUCUGAGGAAUUGGAAAGAAAAUCCAUAAAAAUUGCAGAGGAAGGACUGCAACUACAGAGAGAAAGUGUAGAAUUGCAAAAGGAAUUGUUAUCUGUAAUAAAAAUGUCUAAUUGAUUUGAAAUAAAAAUCAUUUUUAUUGUAUAUGAUCAUUUAUUUUCCUCAUUUGAAAAUACAUCUUUGAUGAUUGUGUGAGGACUGCAGUUAUAAAGGCAUUAAAAUCUAUGAAUAAUAAUUAAUGAAAUUAAAAGUAUAAACAAUAAUUUAUUAACUAUAUAAAUAUUUAUUUUCCUGACUUUAUAAAUGUUAUAAAAUUUAUA